CAGGAGCUGAAACGAAUGGGUGCGGACUCUUCUCACUAGCCUCUCCACUGUAGCUACGUUAGCCCGUCUGUCAUUAAAUUAAGCGAACGUUGAUUGGGAUUUUUUAACAGCUUCUUUAUUUACCGAAUAGUUGUUAUUUUUUUGCCGCAAAGAACUUAAUGAAUUUAUAAACACUUCAUGGGGAGAUAUGUGGCUGCCUACAGUGGAGGACCUCCCUGGCUGCCAGUCCGGCAACUGACAGCUGUCAUCUAUAGGUGUUUAGCUUGCUAGCUAGGUUAGCUCACGGCUAACAGGUUCGCAGCUUGGUCAAUUUUAAGUGUUAGAAUCAGUUUAGAUAAAAACAAAGGCAUUUUUUUAAACUGCGUUUGCCUCCGCCUUUUUUCCUAGAUCAUGUCAGAUGAGUGUUGGCAACCCGUAUUUCUUAUAUUUUAAGGUGACGCUAUUUUGGCUAGCUAUUUUUAAGCUAGCUCGUUGCUUUCAUUGAGUGAGGUGAAGCACUCCUGGAGCCAAUGCAGAUGUAUCUGAGCGAUUAAGGAGUUGACUGCUGCUAUCUUUAGGUGUUUUUCCUCCAUACUCUACAAAAACGGCAAGCUAGAGUGUACUCCGGUUACAAUCUGGGGACAUGAAAAAAUUUUUCGAUUCUCGUCGGGAGUUUGCGAGCUCCGGGCCUGGUUCCGGAGCCGGUGGUGGAGGCGCUUGUUCCGGCGUCGGCGGCAGCUUCAUAGGAAGAAUGUUCAGCAUUGGACGAUAUCAAGUAACAGUGGAGGAAAUCAUCGCCGAAGGCGGUUUUGCCAUAGUGUUUCUGGUGCGAACCCAUCAAGGUCAACGCUGUGCUCUAAAAAGAAUGUAUGUAAACAACGAGCACGACCUGCAGAUCUGCAAACUUGAGAUACAGAUUAUGAGAGACCUAGUGGGCAACAAAAACAUUGUUGGUUUUCUGGACUCCAGCAUAACGGCAGUGGGAUCUGGUGAAGUGUGGGAAGUCCUAAUCUUAAUGGACUUCUGUCGAGGUGGACAGGUGGUAAACCUCAUGAACCAGCGGUUACAGACGGGCUUCAGUGAAGCUGAGGUGCUGCAGAUCUUUUGUGACACGUGUGAGGCUGUGGCUCGUCUCCAUCACUGCAAAACUCCCAUCAUUCAUCGAGAUCUCAAGGUAGAAAACAUCCUCCUCCAUGACAGAGGCCACUAUGUUCUCUGUGACUUUGGAAGUGCCACCAACCGCUUUCAGAAUCCUCAGGAAGAAGGGGUUGCAGCUGUGGAGGAGGAAAUCAAAAAGUACACCACUUUGUCGUACCGUGCUCCAGAGAUGAUCAACCUCUACAGUGGAAAAGCCAUAACGACUAAAGCAGAUAUUUGGGCAUUGGGUUGUCUACUCUAUAAGCUGUGCUUUUUUACCCUUCCUUUUGGUGAGAGCCAAGUGGCAAUUUGUGAUGGCAGUUUUACAAUCCCGGACAAUUCCCGGUACUCACAAGAGAUGCAUUGCCUCAUCAGAUACAUGCUGGAACCUCACCCAGAGAAACGACCAGACAUCUACCAAGUGUCUUACUUUGCCUUUAAACUUGCUCGACGAGAGUGUCCAGUCCCAAAUCUGCAUAAUUCUCCCAUUCCUGCCAAACUUCCUGAGCCCAUCAGAGCCAGUGAGGCUGUGGCCAAAAAGAGUCAGACCAAAGCCAGGCUUACCGAUCCAGUUCCGACGACCGAAACAUCAAUUGCCCCCCGACAAAGGCCUAAAGCCGGCCAGGCACAGCCCCAGCCCAUCUCAGGCAUUCUCCCCAUCCAGCCUGCUCUCACCCCGCGCAAGAGACCCAGUGUGGCUUCAGGAACCCCUCCAGCAAUAGGUAUUGGUGUCCCCGCUGCAGCACAGUCUCCUCAACAAGUUCCGACAAUGCAGUCGGCUCCGCAGCCGCUGCAGACGGCGAACAUGCAGCCGCAAGUGACCCCUCAGCAUCAGCAGUUACUCAUGAAGCAGCAGCAACCCCCACCCUUCUUAAGUCCACAAGGCAACCAGCAGCAUCAACUGCAGGACCUCCAGCAACAACAAACACCUUCUCAGCCAUCUGCUUUGCUACAGUCCAAAGCAAAAGCCAUUCUUCCAGUUGUUCCAAUGCAGCAGCACAUGCAGCAGCAGCACCACCUUGUAGUUCAUGAAAAAGCCGCAUCCCAUCUCACAUCCAUCCCUGAGUCUGCAGUCAUAGGUCCUGCAGCAGAGCUGGAGGUUGUGAGUUCUUGUCGAGGAAUUCACAAAGCUGGCUCCUUGACACCCCCCUCAUCCCCAAAGAUUGCCCCUAAGAGCGGCCACAGGCGGAUCCUAAGCGACGUCACCCACAGUGCAGUUUUUGGGGUUCCAGUCAGCAAGUCCACCCAGCUACUUCAAGCAGCCGCAGCUGAGGCCAGCCUCAACAAGUCCAAAUCUGCUAGCACCACUCCUUCGGGGUCCCCAUGCUCGUCCCAACAGAGCGUCUAUCAUCCAGGAGGUGUGGAUGCCCCAUCAGGACUCACCGCACCCCACACCUCUGGCUGGAACCCAUUUGGAGACGACAACUUCUCCAAGCUGACAGCAGAGGAGCUGCUCAACAAAGAUUUUGCUAAAUUAGCCGAGACUGCCGCAGCAGAAGAGAAAGUCGCACGUUCCAGUGAAGGCGUUAUUCCAGAGCUUAGUGCAUUUCCAGUAAAGACAGAGGUGUGCGUGGAUUCGCUGAUUCCUGGUUUGAAAGCUCUUCCGGCCCAGAGACACUCAGGCCAGCCAGAGCUCAUUUGUCCCAGCAUGACAGACUGUUACUCCAGGGAGGACUCUCUGCUGGGUCACGAUCUAUUGUCUCACACUUCUGUUGGAAGCCCGUCUGUUUCGGCUCUGCUUUCUUCCUCUUCCUACUCCUCUGCUCCUCUCAGCUCAGGAUCUCGUCUGGAGGAGUUGCUUCCUGGUCAGUCUGCUCCCGACUCUGCUUUCCUCAUGUCGGGUGGGGAGAAGGGCAAUGAUGACGAGUUUGAUCCCAUUCCUGUGCUAAUCUCCAAAAACUCAAACCAAGGUGGUCACUCGCGCACCAACAGUGGCAGUUCAGAAUCCAGCCUCCCAAACUUGGCUCGCUCCCUCCUGCUGGUGGAUCAGCUCAUCGACCUCUAGAGGGGGUGGGAGAGGUCGAAGGGGCAGUGUGCAAUCCUAGCAAAAAGAAAGGCGGGAGGGUGGAGAGAUGGAGAUGGGCGAGCAGAGGCACUUACUGUUGUAGCACCUCAUGAAACGAGAAGAUCCUGCGUGAAUUGGUUCAGUGGAUCAGUUCCCUUUGCCUGCUUUGCCUCAUCUCCAUCUCUGGUUGCCUGAUAAGCCAGUUUCAUGCAUCUCUGCUGGCUUCAUUGGCAUUUCCAUGCUGGUGAAAAUCGUCUCGCUAAUGCCAGAGCAUAUCGUCUGCUUUUUGUCCUUUCCUCAUACUUUCAUUGAUGUCCCUCAUUAGCUGCACGUCCAUGGAAACAAAUGUAUGCACCGUCUGAUCACGGCUGCGUCACAUUUAUUUUAUGUGCUUGCUCAAGUUUUAAAGCUACAGGCCGCGCUCUGCUAUGGCCGACUGCGUCAGGGGUCUGAAUAUUAAUAAUUCACACUGUUUCCUGUAAAAGCUCUUAAACAAUAGCUAAGUAAGAGGGUAGAAGUUCAGUUUGGGGCAGCAGUGAUACAUUCCUCUACCUUUUGUGCUUUACUGUAGAGUGAGGAGAAUUCAAUUGACUUGCAUUUUGUUUCAAGAGGACCUUAAUGCUUCAUAGUAGCUGGAAAAAUAAAUGUACUCAAUUGCGCUGCUACAAAAUAACAGAACUUUACAUGAUGUGAGAGGCUUAUGAACCGUCAAGCAGAAAGGGGUUUAGAAGUGUCAGAAAGGAGCUUAAAAAAACGAAAAGACACAAAGCACAUGCCAAAUGUGAGGAGCAUUAAAGGUAAUGAACAGAUUCCUUGAUUGGUUUUCCCAUUUUGUUCAGUCAAAUCAACUGUUUUUUUUGUGCUGCCAUUGCUUGAACAUGAGAACUUUACCGAGUGACUGUGGCGUCACCCAUAGACGGUUACAACCAAUUGAGCUCAAUUUAGUCACCAUUUUUUUGGACGUCUCCAUAGUGGAGCAAGAUGUUGUCGGUAAGCAGUGAUUGUUCUGUCGCAGUCUGAGUCAACCACUCUAACCAAUCAUGAGUGAGCUUGUUGGAAGUCCACAUUGCUACCACUCGAAAGCGUGCUCUGGCAACACAUUCUCAUUCCCAAGUCGUCACAUUUAUUGCAUGGUUAAGGAUCCUUCCGCGUCAAAAAUUUACGUUUUGGGUGUCCCCAAUUAUUCGUUUUAUGAUGUGCUACCUGUUGCAAUCAAAUCAAGGCUCCCCAACCUCUGAGCCACAAACCUGGUACCCUAACCCUGUCCUACUUUGCGUCUGGUACUGCGUCCGACAGAACAACCGGACCCCUGAUUUAAUUGGAACAGUCAGUACAUCAAAAAACGACAAGUUGGGAACACCCGUAACGUCAAAAAAUGACGCAGAAGGGUCCUUAACCACGCGUCAAUAUGUCUCGCCUGGAAAUGAUAAUGUGUUGGCUCUGGAGAAUCUGGUCACUUUUUACCUUGAUUAACUUGCACUACAGAAAAAAUAUGAAAACAAAAAAAUAGGAUUAGCAAGAACAUGUUAAGAAAAUGUAUCGACUCAAGAAUGGUUAUUCUGACAAAUCUAAUGACUGAAUAAUAGCUGUUUGUUUCUCAAUAGACGUCUAUGAGAGUCACUCAGUUCAGUUCUCUUGUAUAAGUCGAUGUGUGCAGCCAGAAAACCUCCAUUACUAUUGACCUGAUGAGAGCAUAAAGUUACUCACUGAACUUGAGUUAGAUGUUCUUCAAUCAUUAUAUUGAUUCCCCUCAUUUGUUUUCUUGUAUCCUGACCUAGAGCAAGAGCAGCGCUCCAACUUUACUGCUUAGCUAAGAGAUCGCUGUAGCUCUUCGUGGCAGCAUACUGACUAGAUGUAUUUCUUCCACUCUAAAAGCUUUGGCGUUAUUCCUUUGUAAAUACUAGGCGUGGAGCAUUAAAGCUCUUUCAAUCUUUAAGGCAUGUAACCUUGAAACAUUAACAGUAUGUUCCGUCACACGUGCUCACCCAGCAAUACGAUAAACAGAAGAAAAUAUGACUCCAGUUAGUGUUAUGUGGACUUAUGUGUGAUUUAUGAAGCACCUCUGUGGCUCUUUUUCUAAGUAUUGUUAUGAACAAUCAAGAGCUGACAACCGUCAACUAUAAGGAGACGUCUACGUUACUAUGUCUCACAAAACUAUUUAGGAUAGAAAAGCAAAAUCUGGAGGAAUAUCGUUUUAAUCAGGAUAUUUCUAUCAGUAUUCCAAUUUUAUACAGCCAUUUAUUUCAAUGUUUGUUGAGUGUUUCCUUCUGCUGUCAAGACAAUUCAACAGAUUUUUUAAACUAUGUAAAUAUCAUUCAUAUUCAGAUAUAUUUUUUCCAUCCUGUUCUUAUCAGAAUAUUUGUUUGUUUGUCGGGCAGAUGUUUAAAAAAUAUUGUUUGACUACAUUUUCACGGUUGAUUCAGAGUGAAUGUAUAGAGGGUCUAUGACUAUAGAGGAUGAACAUUUAUGAGGCUAAAUGGGUAAAAACUAUAUAUAUAUAUUGUAUAUAAAAAUGUAUAUCAAGAGUGUAAAAUGUGAUUCUUCUGUUUUGUUUUCCUCCAUCAUUCAUGUCAAUAAUUUUUUACCAAUCUGAAAUUAUGAGUAAAUCAUGGUUUUAUUUUCUAUAACUGACAGAAAUCACAUGGCUGCACUGGUUUCCUGAAUGUCGGCAGUUUUGCUCCUCUCCCUUUAAAUGUGAUGAAGCAGUUCAGAGGUCCUGUUGCAGAAAUGUUCCUGUGCUCACAUUUCCUACAGUUUAUGUCACGGUGUUGUGAAGUUUAGCUUAAUUCCUCAGAUUCUGCAUGAACUCUUAGGUCUUAUAAGCUCCAUAUCAACUCAUGUGAAUACACCUGAACACCCCCUGUUGUAGUUUAGUACUUAAAAAUAAGACACGGCAUCCACCCUUCAGGAGGAUGUUCACAAUGCAGCCAGAUUAGACUUGGAUAGAGGGUCAUUUGCUUCUCUCCAUUAAUGAUCACUCGAGUCAUUUGUAUUUAUCUAUGCAAUCUUUAUAACAGCUCUUUUCUUAUCAGACGCCUGGGUUGAGUGUGACACUCGUCCUCACUUGCAGUGCUGGUUGAUCUGAAGUAAUUGCAGAAAAUGUUCUUUAGAAAUGUGUCAAUGCUUUAGUUUGCAGCAGACUGUGCACGUCUGGGCAGGAACUUUAUUCUUGUGUGAGUUUCUAUUUUUUAUGAGGUUCAAAGGGAGCGUACCGUGAAGGGACAAUAAAGCUAAUGAAUGUACAUGAAGUGUGUUUGGGUUAUAUUUUUGGACCUACUCAAAUAAAGAAAGGCUUCAUUUGGGA